AUGGCUGGUGAAGACUGGCUGACCACGACGGAGAUCACCCCACUCCGAAGCACUCCGAAGCCCACCAAAGGAGCACUGGUGCCGGACGCGGUGCAGGUUAGUCUCGAGAGUAUUUACGGCCUGCCUCCCUGUGGGCGAACAAAGACCACUCGACUGGUCCCUCCUAUACACGAGAGAAGCCCGAAAGGGCAUAACAGGCCGAGUGAGAGUCCGUCGACGGUGUUCCUUACAUCAGUCGACCUCAUCUUCAGCCCGCUGUACCAGCUCUCCAGUCGAGCCGUGUCCGUCAGCUCCUGCUUCGACGCCCUCCGAAUUCGACGUUUGUUAACUCAAACGGCGAGUCCUACCCCUGAUCUGACUGCCGCCGUCCGAACCUGA